CAUGGUUGAACUAAAUAAUGAAAAAAAUACAAGAAAGAAGAAGACAAAGCCUCUCUCCCAAUUCACCGCAUGGCAAGUCCCUCCAUUUCAUCUUCUUCGUUAAAGAACCGUUACACUGUACCAAUCUUCUUCUUCCUUGCUAUCUUCCUCUGCACCAUUUUUAUCUUCACCAAACGAGCUCUCGAGCCUUCUCUUCACCUCUACUCUGAUUCCUUUUCACAGCCCAAUCUUCACAUUUCCACUGCUGAUUCUCCCAAUAAUGAUUCCUCAAUUACCCUCCAAUCUUCACCUCCGAUUUCCACUACCACCACUGUUAAUGAAGACCCAGUACCUGAUUCUGAGCCUGAUCGAUCGUCUACCCACCAGCUCGUUCCUGCAUUUUCGCCGAAUUUAACGGCAGAAUUAGAGCAAGAUCGUGCUGCUGGGGAGAUUACUAGGGAAAAUGAGGAGGGACCAGUUGUGGUUUCGGAUGAAUUGAGUGGUAAUGGUGGGGAUUGUGAUUUGUAUAUGGGAAGCUGGGUGAAAGAUGAGGAAUUUUACCCGACUUAUAAACCUGGGUCUUGUCCUUAUGUUGAUGAAGCUUUUGAUUGUCAGAAUAAUGGGAGGAGGGAUUCUGAUUAUCUUAAAUGGCGGUGGAAGCCUGACGGCUGUGAUCUUCCGAGGUUUAAUGCUACAGACUUCUUGACAAGAUUGAGAGGUAAGAGGCUGAUGUUGGUUGGAGAUUCCAUGAAUCGGAAUCAGUUCGAAUCAAUUUUAUGCAUGCUCCGAGAAGGUCUGCCUGACAAAGACAGAAUGCAAGAAACGCAUGGCUACAAAAUAACAAAGGGAAGAGGAUACUAUGUCUUCAAAUUUGCGGACUAUAAUUGCACGGUGGAAUUUGUGAGGUCGCAUUUUCUUGUAAGGGAAGGGGUUCGUAUCAAUGCUCAGGGAAAUUCAAAUCCAACUCUAUCAAUUGAUCGAAUUGACAAGUCAUCAGGGCGGUGGAAGCGGGCAGACAUUCUAAUUUUUAAUACUGGGCACUGGUGGACUCAUGGAAAAACUGCUCGUGGGAAAAAUUACUAUAAAGAAGGUGAUUUUAUUCAUCCGCAGUUUGAUGCAGUUGAAGCUUACAGAAGGUCUUUGAGGACAUGGGCAAAGUGGAUUGAUGAUAAUAUUAAUCCUGCGAAGCAAUUGGUCUUUUAUCGUGGAUACUCGUCUGCUCAUUUCAGGGGUGGGGACUGGGAUUCAGGAGGGUCAUGUAAUGGGGAGACGGAACCAGUAUUGAGUGGCGCAAUUCUAAAUAGUUAUCCUUUGAAAAUGAAGAUUGUGGAUGAGGUAAUCGGGCAGAUGAAGAUACCGGUGAAACUACUAAAUGUCACAAGGUUGACCAAUUUUAGAAAAGAUGGACAUCCAUCAGUAUUUAGCAAGAAUGCAACCGCGGGUAGAAAAACUUCCACAAGACGGCAAGAUUGUAGCCACUGGUGUCUUCCAGGAGUUCCUGAUGCGUGGAAUGAGUUGAUAUAUGCUAGUCUCGUUUUUGGACAAGCAUUCUCCAAGAAUUAAGACAAACAUAUAUUUUUUUCCUAUCGGAAUGACAAAGAUUCGACAAAAUAUGAUGAGUUUGCGCUUCAUUGUACCGCUCAGGUCUUGCACCAUCUUUCAACAACCAAGAUGAUGUGAUACUGCAUUUUCUUGCGAAGCAUAUUUGUGUAUGCCUGUGUGGAGUCGUAUUCAUGCAGAUGGUCAAGAAAGGGCGAUUCUGAUGGUGCUGGUGGUUGUACCAUCUCUGGUCUUUUGACUACCACCGUGUUACUUUCUUAUGGUACGCCUCCUCUCUCGCAAGCUUCCAUAUGAUAUACACUGACUUGCAAUUUCUUGUGUUUGGCAGUCUGGAUUCUUUAAAUUUAUAUAGCAGUGCUAUCACACAAGACUACUAUGUUGCCACCUUAAUUGUAGAACACAAUUCUCCUAAAACAUUACAUCACUGAAGAAAAUGUAAAGGUUGAAACGGAAAACACUGAAACGAGAAAUGGUGAAAUAAUAUUUUUUCUAAAAUUAUGUUAAAGCUAUAGAAUUUCAGAAACGCAAAUGAAAUGUAGGAUUUGACAAAUUUUUGUACAAA